CGAGGCGCUUCCUGUCCGGUCAUUGUUCUGGCGCCGCUGGCCGCUGGCCGCGGGGGUCCGGCCCGCCGGCCUUCUGCCCCGCAGCCCAUGAGUCCUGCGGCCCGGCCUCUCCGCGGCGCACGGUGCAACGCGUGUUAAGGGUCUUCCUGCCUAGAAUUCGGCUAGUCGAGGAAAGAAGAACGUUUCAGAAUUAAAAUUUGUUGCAGGAGUGCAAGUAUUGCAUUUCUCAAGAAAUUCAAGACAGUACUCAUCCUGGCCCUGGGAGGAAACUCGAGAAGAUCCUGUUGAAAUUAAAAUUAGAUGGGGCUUGACCUCUGCCGGGCAGCCCUCAGCCGCAGGCGCUCUGCCGAGCAGAGAAGAUGACUGCAGAUUUGAAGGAGGCCAUGGCCCUGGCGCCUUGGGGCCCAGUGACAGUGAAAAAGGAGGAGGAAGAAGAAGAAAGCUUCCUAGGUCAGGCAUCCAGCCAGCAAGUGCGUUCUGACGACAUCAAAGCCGGGGCUCCUGGAGGGGAUCCUCGGGAAGGCCCUGAUGGGGCAGAGCAGGAGGAAAGGGGUCAGAACAUGUUCUGGGACAUGGCGGUAGUCCUGAAAGCAACGCAGGAGGUGCCUGCUGCUUCAACCCUCGGCAGCUACUCGUUACCAGGGAGUCUGGCCAAGAGCGAGGUACUGGAGACUCACGGGAACAUGGCCUCUCUGGGUGCUGAGACCAAGAACCCACAAUUAUUGGUUCCAAAAACUGAAAUAUGUGAUGAAGCAGAAAAACCCUUCAUGAUAUCAGGAAGGAUCCAGAAAGUUGAUUCUCAAGGACCUGAGUUCAAAGAAGCCUUCGAAAAAGGGAACAUGUUAAAGGGGCAGAGAAUAAAGAGGGAAAAGAAAGACUUCAGGCAAGUGACAGUGGAGGACUGCCAUGUACCUGGAAGCUUCAAAGAAGAAGAAGACCAGAAAUGUCAGAAAUCUGGGGAAAGAUACAACCGAAGUUCUGGCCCUGUUAAAAAGCAGAAAAGCCAACCUGGGCAGAAACCUUUUACUUGCAGCGUGUGCGGGAAAGGCUUUAGUCAGAGUGCUAACCUCGUGGUACAUCAGCGGAUCCACACUGGGGAGAAACCCUUUGAGUGUCACGAGUGCGGGAAGGCCUUCAUUCAGAGCGCAAACCUUGUUGUGCAUCAGCGAAUCCACACAGGACAGAAACCCUACGUUUGUUCCAGAUGUGGGAAAGCCUUCACUCAGAGUUCAAACCUGACUGUCCAUCAAAAAAUCCACUCCUUAGAAAAAACCUUCAAGUGCAGUGAGUGUGAGAAAGCCUUCAGUUACAGCUCACAACUUGCUCGGCACCAGAAAGUGCACAUUACAGAAAAAUGCUAUGAAUGUAACGAGUGUGGGAAAACAUUUACCCGGAGCUCCAACCUCAUCGUCCACCAGAGGAUCCACACCGGGGAGAAGCCCUUUGCCUGUAAUGACUGUGGCAAAGCCUUCACCCAGAGUGCCAAUCUUAUUGUGCAUCAGCGAAGCCAUACCGGUGAGAAGCCAUAUGAGUGCAAAGAGUGUGGAAAGGCCUUCAGUUGUUUUUCACACCUGAUCGUGCACCAGAGAAUCCACACUGCAGAGAAACCGUAUGACUGCAGCGAGUGUGGAAAAGCCUUCAGUCAGCUCUCUUGCCUUAUUGUGCACCAGAGGAUUCACAGUGGAGACCUUCCUUACGUGUGUAGCGAGUGCGGGAAGGCCUUCACCUGCAGCUCAUACCUGCUGAUUCACCAGAGAAUCCAUAAUGGGGAAAAACCUUACACGUGCAAUGAGUGUGGCAAGGCCUUCAGGCAGCGGUCGAGCCUCACCGUGCACCAGAGAACCCACACGGGGGAGAAGCCCUACGAGUGUGCGAAGUGUGGUGCAGCCUUCAUUUCCAACUCCCACCUCAUGCGACACCAUAGGACCCACCUCGCUGAGUGACGCGAAAGGAAGAAGGUGAUGUCCGGGCAUUGGUCACACCUGCUACCCCCCUGAUUAGACACCACUGCUUUGUUCUUCCUCCUUUGUGAAAAUGAGGCCUGCCGCCAUCUUAAAGAUAAUAGUUUUCAGGAGUGCAGCAAAGACAGCAUUUCAGAGGCUAACUUAAAAGGAAAGCUAAGCCCCUAAAAAGGCAAGGACUUUGUUUUUGACUGUCCCCUAAGUGGUGGUGGUGUCUGAAAUACCAUGUGGCUUUCUUAGGAAUGGAUCAUACAAAGCUAGAUGAUGAAGAUCCCACUUAGGGAAAGGUAUUUUUAAACUAAAUUUUGUGUGUUUUUUUGUUUUUGUUUUUUUUUUAAACCGGUAAUUUCUUGAGCAACGGGCAGGUUACUGGUAUAGGCCUGCCUGGUCGAAUUCUGGCGGUUUAAGCCCUUUAUCAUAGCAUUUGGUUAAGCAGCGACUAGUUAAGGAAAUCACUUUGGGUAGCAAUUCACCAACAACCCACCUAUGAAUAUUUAUAAGCUUUCCAUUCCCUAGUUAAUUAAAAAUAUAUAUUUUAAACCUAUUAACUGUCUACUGCUCCUCAAAUGGACAGAAGUAGGACAACGGCUGUGUCCCUCAUUCUAUACCUCAUGAACCUUGGAUGAGAAAGCUCUGGUGAGUCUCUUCUGACCCUUCCCUAGUCUACACGGCCAAACACUUGAGGUGUGAUGGAGAUUACACACUGGGGCCACAGAUGCUGCUGGGCUGUACUCAUUUGCUAAGAUGAACGGCUCUCCAAAGAAGCCCCAGCCCCCACUGCAUUCCAUUUCAGUGUGCUGCUCCUGACAGCCCCAUCCCAGGUAGGGGAGUCCAAGAACAAGCUGGCCUAGAGCUGCCUGCAUUUCCUCCGCUCACUGUGCAGGCCCAGCCAACCGGCUCGGUUAGUGUCAUUCUCACCUUUGUGGUCUUGAGAAGAAAAAAAUGGAGCCCUUCUAAUUCUGAGAGGGCCAGAGAGGGAAAGGAAAGGAGGGGUGGGGGCAGAGUGGGAUUCCUAAGGUCUUAAUUUUUUUGGGAGAAGUUCAAAGGUAUCGGAAUAUGGAAACUUGAGAAGGAUGAAGAAACUGGCUAAGGUAAGAUACCUUUGUUACCACUGAGCCUUUACUCCUGGAAAGUUAUUUAUAAAUCUAUGCAAUAACCAGAGUUGUGUAAUAUUGCCUUGUAUUUAUAUGGAAUUUUAUUCUUUGUGUACCUUCCUGUAUAACAUGAACCCAGCACUUCUCAUGUUUUUAUAUACAUAGGUCAUUACCUUAAUCCUUACAACACUGAAAGAGGGGUUUGCCCCAUUUACUUGUGAUUGGUCAUUUAAAGCAAGGCCACUUAACAAGUGAUGAAUGUUCAGAUCUAAGACCUAAGUCCAGAUUCUCCUUGUUCUGCCAUGCUGUUAGUCCAGCCACCGUAAUCCCACCUAGAUCUGUGGAGAACCUGAGAAAGGGGUGUGUAGUCUGCUUUUUAGGUAGGGAAGGCGACAUGCCAGCGUGUGUCUUAGGCAAUGUGACCAGCAAGCAGCAAAUCUAAGACUGGAAUUUUAAGUCUCCGGAUUUCUGGGUCUGUCCACCACCACCCCUCUCAGCACGCAAGAGCAUUUAUCAUAAAUGCUGCACCUAGUAGUAAGCAGUUUGGUGCAUACAUUUAUUGUCUCGUUUCUGCAAGACUGAAUGUUAAUUAACAUGAGGCUUUGUUUAUAGGGCACUUUCAUAUACAGAAGGCAUAUACAAGAAAGCUUAUUUAUCUCCUCUUUUUCUUCUUUCAGUAGUCUUUCUUCCUUCCAUAGUCUCAUCAGAGCACAUGAAACUUCCUUUCCCAGGGCAACUCUAAGUCAUAUGGACACAAACACAAGAAAUCGAUAGGAUUCAAAAGAGUAAAAAAAGUUCUCUGACCCUGAACAUGACUUUCGUGUUCCCCUGUCUGGGGGUGGAUAACACCACAUGUCUCCACUGACUAUCCUAGCAUGAUCAGGAAGCUCAAAAGGAGGAGAGCAAGUGUGAAGUUUUGGGAUAAAUCUCCGACCUUGAAGAAUGGUGUGCUUUCCUGGAAGAUAACACCUAGAAUUUAUAAGCAUUAAGACAGGUAAACUGUUUUAGCUUCAAAUUGUAUAUUCAUCCUCAUAAUUAAAUAUUCAGUUAUGGAUGAUUAUAAAUUCCCGGCUUAAGAUUUCCAUUCAUUGGUAUUUCAGAAAAGCCACCCAACUGGUUGGGAUAUAAAGCUAGGUUUGGGAAUCGGUGACCAAACCUUGCAGUAAAACAGUAGUUUUCCGCCUUGGCUGCAAGUCCGAAUCAUGUAGAGCUCUUUAAAAAUGUUUCUGUUUCCCAGGCCUUGUAUUUUGAAAUCUCUGAUGGGGAUCCUCUGUGCAACCAAGGUAAUGAGCCACUGCAGUCAAGUAAAGCCUGCAGGCCAAGGUGUGAAACCCAAUGCGGUGGGAGGCGGGGGUAGAAGAUCUGGAGCUGCAGUGUUCUAAGUGGUUUCAGCAAAACCAUGGGCCACCCUGCGGGUCCUUCUAUUAACCCUCUGUGACCUAACCUAACUUAGUUUGUAAUUUAAAUGAAUGUAUCAAAUAUUUAUCUGAGCAGACUAGGUUUUACAUGUGUUUCUUUCCUCAUUUUAUCAAGCUGACUGUUUAUAUUUCUGCUUGUAUUUCAUCUCCAGAUCAGAUUUCACAGACCUGCACCUGGGUUCGAACCUAGUGGGAUUGAAUACUAGACAGAUCAAAUCCUUCCCCAACUAAUAGCUCUUCCUCCCAGUUCAAUUCCAGCCCUAAAAUAAAUCACCUCCCACUUUUCUUCUGUACAGUUUGAUGGGGGAGGAGUGACCACCGUUGUUGGCUGAGCUGGCCUCCGUUUGGGGUUUUCUCCCCUUUCCUUUGGCUGGUCUUGCUAGACGUGGACGAGAGCUUUGAAGCCUCAUUCUGUUUGUGUUAAGAGCUGUCCGACUUGUAGUUGUCAAAGGGCCAGGCUUAGUGAUGGGCACUAAGGGUGAAGCAGGGAACCCUGUCCUCAUUCUUAAAUAAGACCAACAGAUGUGUAGUAAGUGGGGCGAGGUGCUGCGAUUGGAUGUGCUUUGGGAGUGUAGGGGAGAGACUUCAUCAGCACAUGCUUACGCAAACACUGGGCUGUGACUUUCUCCAGGCUCAGGAGGAAGUGUGCUUGGGCAGAUCUAAUCCUUCCUCUGUGCUCUGGAGCCCAUCUCUUCCUCGCCUAGGCAGGUGUCCUCCCAGUCUGUCGCUUCUCCGCUUGCUCCGUCCAGUGUGCCUAACCUCUCUGGGGUCACAGCCCCUGUGGGACUCUGAGGGAGGUUGUGGAUCCUCUUCUGGAGACAUGCAGAUGGCACAUGCAGUUUUGUGCUCAUUUCAGGGACAGUUAGGCUCCCCAAGGCCAAUCCACGGAUCCUCUCGGGCCUAAAGUCUCAGGUGGGGAUGCAUAUUCAUCACCAGUGACAUUUUAUAAAAUGAAGGGAGAUGAAUUUUGCUUCUGGCUUCUUUCCCUUAGCAAAUCGCAGCAUGGUCCAGCACCCAGACUAGAACUCCAGGAAGCAUUCCUGUGUAUCAUACAAAAUGAUACUGUAGAUCCUGCUCUCACUUUGUAGCAAACAUGGCCCUAGACCUUGGGUGCCAGAGCAAAUAAGGUCUAUCAAACUCUCUUCUCACAUCUUUUGUGGGAAACGGUCUGGAUCCCUUAACAUGAUUGACUAAGCUCUUCCUAGUCUCUCUCUGACUUCCUCUCUCCUUCCUGUGCACCUUUCCUGCAGUCUGGAGGCAUGUGCUUGCUGUGCUGUGUGCCUUCGCUCCCCGUCCUCGGUGCCUGCAGUACCUCACCACCGCUCCGCCCCGCCCUGCCUACUUAGCAGACUUAGGUUUCUUUUCAGAUUUGGUUCAAGUCCCAUCUCUGGGAAACCUUUCAUUGUCCUAUGGUGAAGGGCAUGUUUAGAAAUAUAUCUAGGAAUAUAGAAGAGCAUGACAUGAUAUAUAUCCAGAGUUUUACUUUAUGCUUUGAAAUUUAAAAAAAAUCUGUAUUCAAAAUUGUGUACAUAAUACAAUUCUUAUAUAAUGAUACAUAUACUAGUAAAAAGCAUAUAGAUAAAUUACCGGAAAGAAAUAGAAGAAAAGUUUUUAUGUGGUUACGUGACUUGUUCACAGCCAAACAGAUAGUAAAUUGCAGAGUUUAGGUUCAAACCCAGGUCCUGUGAAGAAUUGAAUUAUGGGUGAUUAAAAGCUGUUU